AUGAACGAGGCCGCCAACAAAUCUCCGGCUGCGAAGGAACGCGAGAGACCGCCAAAGCCUCCACGUACCGGAAAGCGUGGACGUCAAGAGGCAAACGAGGAAGCCACCAGGGAGCAACAUGGACGACCCUCCAAAAGAUCUAGGAAUAGUGAGAGUACGCGCAUACUUAGAUCUUCGGGUGCCAGUACCGAAACGGUCCAGCCAUCUGGCCGUGGUCUGACACGCAGGUCGACUGCGGCUCCCCGACACAGUGUCAACAAGAAUGCCACGUUUGAUAUCCCUGACGAUCUUGACGCGGUGCCAGAGGGAUCUAAUCUAGAGGUCGUCAUUCCUCCACUUCUGGGCAAGAAGAAGAUGCUCAACAAGGCUGCACGGAACAACCCGUCUCCCCUCAAGGGCCAGGCUGUUGUGGAUGUGGAAGAAAAUCCAAACGUCGAUCUCGCCGACACAACCGCUUCGCGGCCAUCCAACAAGAAGAAAACGAAGUCCAAUGUCCGGAAGCAAGGCAAGAAAAAUGGAGCUGCCAACAAGGGGGCAACAGCUCCAGAUGCUGAGACUGAGGAGAACCCACCUAGGCGGCCUCAGCAGCAAGAAGAAGAAGAAGAAGAAGAAUACGACGACGACGACGAACAAGCAGGAGAGGCCGAGGUAGAUCUUAGAGAGGAAGACUUGCGCCAAGAACUGUUCAAGGACAUCGAGCCCUUCGUAGAGCUACAUUCAUGUGAAGAGCCGUGGGCGACACUCUUGAUCACUGGUCAUCGUAUCAGUGAGGCGGCCGAGAAGUCGGCCAAGAAAGCUGCCGGCGGCAGACCCUUGCAACAUGCGCCGGAGUCUGCUUUGGGUGGUGAUGCUUUUAAGGAGGUCCGCAACGCGAACACGUCAUACGAGGGCGCUGAAGAGCAUGGCGGGUACGAAGCAGCAGCUGCGGCGUGGCGAAACGCAAUGCGAAAGGUCAAUGAAGUCGCACCGGAUGAAAAUGCACAUGAGAAUGCCAAACGCGGCAAAGACCUCUAUCAGUGGAUCAUCCCCGAAAUGGUGCGCACGCUAAGGGCGGCGCUGAACAGUAUGAAACCAACCUCUGAUGCGACUGAGGAUGAAGUGGUGCCGCUUGUGCAGAUGCUCAAGGAUUUGGGGAGAACGCUGGACAAAGCCCUAAAGUGGGAGCCCCGUCCUUCAACCCUUCCUCCAGGCAUCCGUCGUCCGACUCGCAAUAAGAUCGCUGCGAGCGUGAAGCAAAUCCAGGGGAGAUACGAGCAAUACCUUGAGAAGCUAAUGGCCGAGAAAGACAAAGUACGCUUUGAGGAGCGAGAAGCAAGGCGAGUGGCUGCGGCAGAAACAAAUCGCAGACGUGCGAGAGAGGAACUUGCUUGGAGAGAGCGUGCCGUUCGCGAGCACAACAGAAGGCUGCAUCGAGAGCUCCACGCCAAAAUGCAGCGCGAGGAAGAGGAGAGGCGACAGCGACGACAACCUAGACAACCUAGACAACCUCCUCCGCCUCCGAUUCAUGACAUCGACGAUUUUCCCGAUGGAUCUGCCGCGCCUGCCGCGCCUGCAGCGCCUGCAGCGCCCGCCACUCGUCCGGGAAUCCACCGAGAGCCAACUAUGGAUCUUGAUGGGCCCUUUCAGGAUGAGUGGACUGCAGAAGAGAACGAGAUCCUCGUGGGCGCACUUCAGCGUCUUACCGGGAAGGAUCGCUUUUUACUGAUUCACCAGUACUACGGCGACCAGUUUGGGAGGCGCGAUGUGGACAACUUGAUGCGUCAAGCGGCCUUCCUCAAGCACCGCAUGAUGGGUUUUGUUGAAGGGCUGCCCGGUGAGGAGCGCACGUUCUGGCAGUGGUUGAUUACUGUACCAGGUUGA